AGGGAGGCCUCUCAAACCGAGCAUCCUGGCCUCUAGUCGCUUAAUGCAUCCUUAAAAGCGCUGCUCCUUAUCUCAGACGUCGCUUCUCCUGCGCAGCCGCUCAAGACACCACAAAAAUGGUCCUCGAACUCUAUGGCUCAGAUCUGUCGACGACGACCCCCGUGGUGGCGCUCGUUCUGCACGAACUCAGCGUACCGUUCAAGUACGUGCAGGUCGACAUGCUCCGUGACGAGCAGAAAGACCCCGACUUCGUCGCGAAGCAGCCAUUCGGCUGUGUACCCUACAUCGACGACAACGGCUUCAUCCUGUACGAGAGCCGCGCCAUCUGUCGAUAUCUCUGCCGCAAGUACGCCGACCGCGGCGGGCGCGCUCUAUACCCCGACCCUGCCGAUGACCUCGAGGGCUUCUCCCUCGUUGAGCAGGGUAUCUCGAUCGAGUCAGCGGCCUUCGACCCCAUUGUGCGCUUCAUGUUCUGGGAGAGGGUGUACAAGCCAAUGAGAGGCAUUCAAGGCAGCGAAGUCAUCUUCGAAGAGGCGAGGCGCAUUUUGAACGAGAAUCUCGACGUAUAUGACAAGAUACUGGGGAAGCAGAGGUAUAUGGCAGGUGACACCUUUACCCUCGCCGACCUCUUUCACAUCCCGUACGCGACACGCCUGCUGCCACAGGUCCAAUACGAUUGCAUGGAGACGAGGCCGAAUGUAGCGAGAUGGUACCAAGAGCUGACAGCUCGACCGUCGUGGCAGGCCAACAAGGACGGCGUCAAGGAGAUUGCGUCAUGAAUAUGGGCAGGAAGGCUGUAGUCGGACGGAAAGGAGAGAGGUAUCUAUGCAUGGGUGUCCCUGUGAGGCGUUCAUGCCAGCGAAGGAGUUGAUAAGUUGGUCAUACGGGCCGCCGAUCCACUUCACCUGAAGAGGUGUUCCCGUUGCUACUGCAGAAGGGGUCAUAAGUUGCCAAAUUCGUCUACAAGCAUGUUAUGAAGCCCUCCGACGGCCUAGACCG